CUAUCACCUUCAUCAUCAUCAUCGUCAUCAUCAUUGUGAUGAGCGGCACCAUCAUCAUUGUCCAUCAUCUUCAUCAUCUUCAUCAUCAUCUCCAUGAGCAUCAUCAUGAGUGUUGUUAUCAUCAUCACCACCAGCAUUGGCAUCAUCAUCAUCAUCGUCGUCUCCAUGAUCAUCAUUAUGAGGAUCAUCUUCAUCAUCAUCAUCAUCAUCAUCACCAUCAUCAUCAUGCCGAAGCCGACGCGGGGCCGGAUGCGGAUCCACUCCCUGGAGAACGUGGACAAGGCCCUGCAGUUCCUCAAGGAGCAGCGCGUCCACCUGGAGAACGUCGGCUCCCACGACAUCGUGGACGGCAACCACCGCCUGACCCUGGGCCUCAUCUGGACCAUCAUCCUGCGCUUCCAGAUCCAGGUGAUCAAGAUCAAGACCGAGGACAACCGGGAGACGCGCUCGGCCAAGGACGCGCUGCUGCUCUGGUGCCAGAUGAAGACGGCGGGCUACCCUGAGGUCAACAUCCAGAACUUCACCACCAGCUGGAGGGACGGCCUGGCCUUCAACGCCCUCAUCCACAGGCACCGGCCGGACCUCAUCGACUUCCACAAGCUGACCAAGUCCAACGCCACCUACAACCUGCAGCAGGCCUUCAACACGGCCGAGCAGCACCUGGGGCUCAGCAAGCUGCUGGACCCCGAGGGUACGGGCGGGGUCUGUCCCCCUGUCCGUCCGAGCUCCAAGGCCACCCCAAACCCCGCCAGGUGCUGGACCAGGUGA